AUGAGUGGGUCACUAUCCGAUAGAGUAUCAAGUAUGAAAUUCAUGCAAGUUGCUGGAGAUAGACAUCGGACGAUUGCAAAGGAAGAAGCCGACAGUCAAAAAAAGAAAAAGAUGCAGGAUUUCAGUGAAUGGAGUCUUCCAAUGACCUCUAAGACAUUAAAAGUUCUAAAGUCCAAAAGUAAAAGAAUUCCUAAAGUUGGUUACACUAAUAUAAAUACAAUGCUUCCAAGGAUUAGCAAAGAUAUAAAUCACCAAAUCAUAGGACGGAAAACGAUGGACUCUUCGGUAGAAGAAAUUGUCAAAAAACCUACCCUUAACUCUGAAGAUGUACGAAACCAUGAGAACCGAGAAGUAACAACAAAGGGGAAGACAGAAGAAGAAGAAAAACCUAAAAAAUCCAAAAAAGGUAAGAAAAGUAAGAAGUCAAAACCUAUGAGUGAUUUUCAACUUAAAAGUGACGACGAGUUUGAUCCUACUGAAGUUGAACUAUCUUCUAAGAGCUUGCUGGAUUUAUGGAAAGCAAAAAAAAGUUAG